CUCCAGCUCAACCCCCAGCAUGGCCGCGUCCACCAUGUCCGUCUGCUCCAGCAACAUGAGCUAUGGCAGCCGUGUCUGCCUUCCUGGUCCUUGUGACUCUUGCCCUGACUCCUGGCAGGUGGACAACUGCCCAGAGAGCUGCUGUGAGCCCCCCUGCUGCGCCCCCAGCUGCUGUGCCCCGGCCCCCUGCCUGACCCUGGUCUGCACCCCAGUGAGCUGUGUGUCCAGCCCCUGCUGUCCAGCAGCCUGUGAGCCCAGCCCCUGCCAAUCAGGCUGCACCAGCUCCUGCACGUCCUCGUGCUGCCAGCAGUCUAGCUGCCAGCCGGCUUGCUGCACCUCCUCCCCCUGCCAGCAGGCCUGCUGCGUGCCUGUCUGCUGCAAGACUGUCUGCUGCAAGCCUGUGUGCUGUGUGCCCGUCUGCAGUGGGGCUUCUUCUUCAUGCUGCCAGCAGUCUAGCUGCCAGCCAGCUUGCUGCACCUCCUCCCCCUGCCAGCAGGCCUGCUGUGUGCCCGUCUGCUGCAAGCCCAUCUGCUCUGGGAUUUCCUCUUUGUGCUGUCAGCAGUCUAGCUCUGUGAACUCUGUGUCCAGCCCCUGCUGCCAGGCAGCCUGUGAGCCCAGCCCCUGCCAAUCAGGCUGCACCAGCUCCUGCACACCCUCGUGCUGCCAGCAGUCUAGCUGCCAGUCAGAUUGCUGCACCUCCUCCCCCUGCCAGCAGGCCUGCUGUGUGCCCGUCUGCUGUGUGCCCACCUGCUCUGAGGAUUCCUCUUCAUGCUGCCAGCAGUCUAGCUGCCAGCCGGCUUGCUGCACCUCCUCCCAAAACCAGCAGGGCUGCUGUGUGCCCGUCUGCUGCAAGCCCAUCUGCUGUGUGCCCAUCUGCUCUGGGGCUCCCUCUCUGUGCUGCCAGCAGUCUAGCUGUCAGCCAGCUUGCUGCACCACCUCCUGCUGCAGACCUUCCUCCUCCGUGUCCCUCCUCUGCCGCCCUGUGUGCAGGCCUGCCUGCUGCGUGCCUGUCUCCUCCUGCUGUGCCCCCACCUCCUCCUGCCAGUCCAGCUGCUGCCGCCCGGCCUCCUGUGUGCCCCUCCUUUGCCGCCCUGCAUGCUCCCACCCGGCCUGCUGCGGCCCCACCUCAACCCAGAAGUCUAGCUGCUGAGUGAUCUCCUUAAGAUCAUCCAAAGCCUGAGUGCCCACUGCCCCCUGCACCCCUGGGUUCUUUACCCUUGACGGCUCUCCACAUCCUGCUCCUGAGCCCUGCAGUGGGCAUCAGUGGUCAGCUGGCCACCCAGUGUGUACUUCUCCUCCUAGCAGCAGCUCAGCUAUUUCUCCAAGUCUUGACUUUCCCCCAGUACCCAGCCCUGUCUCCCCAGCAACAGGUGGGCAGUGACCCAGCAAAGUCAGUGGGUCCUCCCAGGCCAUGACCCGGUGUGGGGAGAAACGAGGGUAGACACGUGUCAGGUGUGGGUUUCUCAUCACUGCCCUGGCUCAGUGGCGAGCCCUGCUCCUCCCCUGCCGUGGGCCUGGGCCUCUUUCUCUGUCUUCCCUGACCAUGGGAGCAGGUCAGACCCUUCUAAUAAAUUCCUUUCCUAA